AUGGAGGAAACAAGUGACACGUGGUUGUCAAUCAGUGGUUGGCUAGAAAAUCAAACCAAGGGAUCUGUGAUUUACGUAGGACUCGGAAGUGAGUUGACUCUGAGUCAAGAAACACUUACUGAGUUAGCUCUCGGGCUAGAGAUAUCUGGUUUGCCCUUCUUUUGGGCCCUUAGAAAUCCGUCUGGCUUGAAUGAGUCAGACUCAGUGGAGUUGCCAGACGGGUUUCAGGAUCGAACCAAAGGUCGUGGAGUUGUGUGGACGACUUGGGUGCCUCAACUUAGGAUAUUGGCUCAUGACUCAGUGGGUGGUUUCUUGACUCACUGUGGUUGGAGUUCAAUUAUUGAGGGCCUUCAAUUUGGACAUCCACUUAUUAUGUUGCCCUUCAUGGUAGAGCAAGGGUUGAAUGCUAGGAUUUUUGAGAAAAACAAGGUGGGUAUAGAAAUACCGAGAGAUGAUCGAAACGGGUUAUUAUACCGAAACUCAGUAGCUGAGUCACUAAAGUUGGUAAUAACUGACGAUGAGGGAAAGGUUUAUAGGGAUAAAGCUAGAGAGAUGAGAGCUACAUUUGGUGACAAGCUUCAACAUGGCCAAUAUAUAGACAAAUUUAUCGAGCAUCUACAAAACUACAGAAGGAUUAAGUUAAUGGAGUUCUUAGUGACAAAUAUUAUGUUUUAA